UGUUAAUUUGAGUCAAAUCUUAUUUCUCAGCCUUGAUUCUUUAUUAUCAUUGCACUGAAUUUGUUCAAAUUUCAGGCACCAAAACAAGCAUUGAGCUUUUUUUCAUCAGAGAAGAACAAGAGGCUAGAAGAUGAUUACUUUGAUCAGGCUUCAGAAAUUUGUGAAGUAGACGUUGAUGAAGAUGAACCUAAGGCCAAAAGAAGCAACUGUACUGAGAAUGAAAACAAGGGUGUCAUAGGUUCUGUGAGCAAAACCACGAAAGGGCAUAGAGUUGCAGUUCGAACCAGAAGCAACAGUGAGUUACUUGAUGAUGGUUAUAGAUGGACGAAAAAUGGAAAGAAAUCUGUCCAGGGAAAUCCCCAUCCAAGGGGCUACUACAAAUGCUCGACAAUGGGUUGUCCAGCGAAGAAAAGGGUUCAGCGAGACUACCAAGAUACAAGCUUUUUGAUCACCACCUAUGAAUGGAUACAUAACCAUCGCUGUUAUAACAUGGGAUUGUAUGAUUUGCACACUCGACUUUGUAAUGAUCAUAGGGCCAAUUACGUGGAAGAUGCUGCUGAUUCAGCUAAGACUAUCAGCCCUACAAAAGAAUAUGAAGGUAUUCCUGAAGCUUUGAUUCGAGAUGAAUCCCAACAAUCAGCAGACCCACAACCCUCAGAACUAGCAAUCAGAACGUCAGAGUCACCACCUUCUCCUAUUGGAAGUACUCCCUGGAGUGAGGUCUAUGACUGUGAUUUCAACGAACAGGAGCUCAAAGAUGAUUCCGAUAAAAGGUAUAGAUAAAACACAAGCACUUCAUAAUACAACUCAACUCAACUCGUUAAUCAAGCCUUGUCCCAACUCCCAAUUCAUUUCAUG